AUGGAUCAUAACGCGAUGAAGAACCAUAGCUUGGACGAGGAUGCGUAUAGAGGCGUGGGAAUCCACAGCCAAGUUACAAAAGUGAAGCGGGAGAUGGAGAAGAUCAACCGGCUGGCGCUGCAGCAGGCGGAGGAGCGCCCGGCCCUCCGCGGGAUCAACCGCCAGCACCACCGCUCCCGCUCGCCGCUAGGUUUAGCCCAGAGGCCAAUUUCUGUUGGCAAUUAGAAUAUCUAUAUAGACUACUACUAUAUGUUUUCGUCUCUCUCUAUAUAUAGAUGCUUAGCUGUAUCUGCUUCAGACAUAACUAGUUUUCUUGUGUCUUCAGCUGUACAUACAUAUUGGUUGUAUAGAAUACACAGAUAGAAAUAGAACCCUUCUUUUCUUUCUCUCUUUAAA